GGAGGAGCUGAAAGCCCGGCUUGUUCGUCACCAUGUCGGGAUCCAGAGACCCAAAUCUGCUAGCUCAGACGAUCGGCUCGAACAUCCACAGCAUAACGCAGCACACCUCUGAAAUCAAGAGAAUAGUGACCCAACUCGGAACAGACAAGGACACACCAGAUCUCCGACAGAGACUGCAGCAGAAACAGCAGCACGUGAACCAGCUCGCUAAAGAAAUGUAUAAGUGCAUGAAGGAGUUCACCUCUUUACCCGUCGCAGCUGAUCAGUGCCAAAGAAAGAUACAGCGAGAACGGCUUGUGAACAACUUCUCCAACGCGCUGGCAAUUUUCCAGAAAGUCCAAAGACAGGCAGCGGAGAAGCAGAAAGAGUUUGUGGCCAGAGUUCGCGCCAGCUCAAGAGUUUCGGGUGGCUUUGCUGAUGACACAGUUGGAGGACGUGCUUCGCCUUUUGAGAGUGAGAGCCAAGCUCAGAAACAGAGUUUUGAGGAUGGCAUCACUGAAGAAGAUAUGCAUCUCAUUCACGAGAGAGAGACAGCCAUUAGGCAGCUGGAGUCGGAUAUCACUGACAUCAAUGAAAUCUUCAAAGACCUAGCAGUUAUGGUGCAUGAGCAGGGAGACAUGAUUGACAGCAUAGAGGCCAAUGUAAAAAACGCUGAGGUGAAUGUGCAGUCUGCCACGCAGCAGCUGGCCAGGGCUGCCACUUACCAGCAAAAAUCUCGCAAGAAAAUCUGCAUCCUUAUCGUCGUACUGGUGGUGCUGGCUGUGAUCGUGGGCCUCAUCAUCUGGGGCUCGAUCAAAAGAUAAGAAGUCUCGCUCACCUGGAUCCUCGCAGGUGACUACUGACA